AUGCCGGAGAUUCCGAUUGACUUAUUUAUGUUUGAGAUAUUGCCAAAUCUUACUGCAAGAGACGUAGGCCGUUAUAAGUUGGUGUGUAAAGAGUGGUGCUCUUUCCUGUCAACGGUAUUCUUUGCUAGGCUUCAUUGUCGUCAGAUGCCAUCGUUAACAAAGAUGCAAUUUGUUUUAAUAACAGGAGGCAUACAUCGUCCACUUCGUACACUUAGUUAUGGUUUAGCCAAUAUUUCUUUAACUGAAAUUGUGAAAAUGCCUUUCAAAACUCGUGCAGAAUAUAUGAUGAUCUUAGGUAGUUUGCAUGGAAUGUUAUGUGUCUGUCUAAGUAACACUUGUCAGUUGUUAAUAUGGAAUCCUCUCACCAAUGCCUAUAGGAACUUGUCCAUUCCUAAGAAAUAUGGGUUUUUCAAAGUAAAUUUUGAUGCUGUUGGCUUUUAUGUGGAUUACUUGAAGGAUUACAAUCUUUUACAUGUUGUUUUUAGGCGUAACAAUCAGUCGGUUUACAUUUACUCCAUGGAAAGCCAAUGUUGGAGGCAAAUAAAGUUUGUUAAAGACUUUAUUUUAGAUGAUCAGACCGUUCAAUGGUCAUGUGGGACUUUGUGUUGUAAUGGAUUAUACUUCACUGUAGGUUCGUGUUGGGAUUAUAAUGUGGCGUUAAUUGUUCGCUUUGAUAUGAAUUUAGAGACAUUUACUAAAGUUUCCUUUCCCUUUGAUGAGUAUGAAGUAAAUUUUAGAGGGUCUUUGGUUAAUGUUUCUGAUGAACUUCAUUUUUUUGUUCUUCAUGGUGCAUUUGAUGUUUCUGUUGAUUUGUGGAAGUUGAAAGGUGAAGAAUGGAUAAGGAUUUUGUCUGUACCUGAUAUUGAUUGUAUUCCAUUGCUUAUAAAAUGCUUUGUGAGGUACAUUGGUUCAAGUAAGAAGUGGUUGUUGAUGACUGAUUAUGGGGAUGUGUAUGAGUUUGAUUUGGAUGUGAGGAAAGUUGAUAAUUUCUAUCCUAUUAUCAACUUUUAUGCAUUAAAAGGAGCAGUGUACUCUGAGAGCCUUAUGUCUCCAAAUGUUUAA